AUGUCUAUCCCUCAAGAUCUCCUAAAAAAACGUAUCCUAAUUGAAGAUCAAUUUGCAACAGUUCGUUAUGUUGGACCUGUCCCGCCGAGGGGAGAAUGGAUUGGCGUAGAAUGGGAUAAUGCUUCAAGGGGGAAACACGAUGGUGUUCACGAUCAAGUCCGAUACUUCACUUGUAGUGUUCCUAAUUCUGGUUCCUUUAUCCGCUUUUCGCCGAAGAUCGAUACAGGCCGAAGUUUUGUCUCGGCUAUUGUGGAAAGGUAUAUUGAGGAUCCUUAUCAGAAGAUUAACAAUGAGGGAGAAGCAUAUGACGCACAAAAAGAUUUGGACACAAUUUACUGGGCAGGAAACACGAAGAUUGAGGUUGAAGCAUUGGGCUGGGAAAAGGUCCGUCGUAAGUUGCGGCAAUUGGACCGCCUACACGAAGUAGGACUUUCUUUCGAACGAGUAUCCAGCGCAGGAAACCCCGGCGAAAUCGAAGCACUAUGUCCAAACAUCAUUGAUCUGAACCUGUCAAAGAAUUUGUUACCCGAUUGGGAAACAGUUAUAUCUAUAUGCAAACAGCUAAAGAAAUUGGAGAUCUUGCGUUUGAAUUACAAUCGGUUUCAGGUUUUGACAAGUACACCGAAUGCCAGCGAUGCAUUCCUAAACCUAAAGAACCUAUCCCUUAAUUAUACUCGAAUAACGUGGGAUCAGAUAGAAUUGCUUGAACCAUGCCUUCCGAAUAUAGAAAACCUGCAGUUAGGAUUCAAUGAUAUUAAAUUGAGAACUGUGGACGAUGGUGACAAAGAAAAUCAGACAAUAAAAAAGAUUAGCGGAUUCGCAAAGCUGAAGAUCAUCAAUCUCGAAUCCAACGAUAUACGCACGUGGGAUGAGGUUGCCCGAUUUUCAGAUCUUCCAAGGUCAAAGGCAUAUCAAUUUGAAGGAUUUCCAAAACUGAGGUAUAUUAACAUGAAUGAAAACAAAAUUGACAAUUGGAAAAGUGUCGAUGAGUUGAAUAAAUUCCCCUCGUUACAAGAGUUGCGAAUAAAAAAAAAUCCAUUCCUUGAGGGUGAAAAGCUCGAUGAAACCAGUUUAUCAAUAGUUGGCAGGAUUAAGAGGUUGAAAAUGUUGAACGGGAGUACAAUAUCUCCGGAAAAUAGAACCGAUGCAGAAAGGUUUUACCUUAAAUUAUGCAUAAAAGAUACAAAGAAAACGCCUGAAGAGAUAGCGGAACAACAUCCCAGAUUUAAAGAAUUGUGUGAAAUCCACGGGACACCUGUGGCUGACGAAAUUUCGGUGAUCGCCACCAGCAAUAUUUUGAAGGACCGUUUGCUGGCUUUAACCAUUACCUAUCGUCCAUCGCUCGAAGGAGAACCGAUAAAAAAAGUUUCAAAGAAACUUUUAGGCACCAUGGAAAUCAGAAAUUUAAAGAAUUUGCUCCAAAAAUUGUUUGGAAUACCGGCAUCUCGGCAAAACCUAUACGGGAUUAGCAAUCGUCAGCAUGGAAGUGAUAACAAGGAAAUGUCAAAAGUGGAGAUAAAUGAUGAUUUGAGACAACUUUCGUAUUAUGAUGUUUCAUCUGGAGACGAGAUUAUCAUUCUUUCUUCUUAA